UGUCUGUGUUUCGGGUUUCUGACACCGCUGUGGGAGGCUGCAGCGUCUCUGCAGCGUUGCGGAGCCGGUUGUGGGUGUGAUACGUAGUCUACUGGUGGAGAGAAGUAGUGCAAUGCCUCCGGUUAAUCCACGCCCGCAGUCGAGAAGUCCGACAAAUGUGAGUCCCGACGUCUCUACGGCUCCUCGACCGCGACAUACCUUCGUCUUUAUUGUGUCCGGAAGCGAUGGGGAGAUUGUGGAAGUUGUGGAUCCUACCCCUACCUACUACUACCAUCCUGAUCACCAGGAACUCGACACCCUCCCAGACCCUGAACUUGCAGCCAGCCUCCUACCCACCAGAGUCUCUCCCGACGACGAAGUCGACGAUGCCAACGUGAGCUUCCUCCGAAGCCCCAUCGAUCCACAGGACGAGUGGAGGGCGCAAAAUGCGUUCCUCGAUUCGAGCCGCCACCGCUCCUCCCCACUACCCCAUCAUUCUUCGACGCAAACCACCACCGGCAGUCGACCGAUGGAGACCAGAUCGAACGAGGACCGUCAACGACGAGAGCGCCUUCACCGGAUCUUGUCGCGGCUAAAUCGAGUGUACGACACACCCACAUCUGCGGAACGGGCCACGCAGCGGGCGACGGAAUCGCGGAACGACUGGGCAGCAGCCUCGCCGUGGGAGCCGUCGGAAGAAGAUGAGGCAAGCUUUCAGGAGAUCUAUGAUAGCGUGCGAAGUCAGCUGCCGGACUACCCUCCACAUAGUCUCCGGGUCAUGGCGAGGGAUCAAUUUCUUCUGGAGCAGCGAAAUCGAGGACUUGGGCGGGAAAUUCGAGGGCCAUCGGGCGGUGGGACCUCAUCACACUUGGCGAGCGAUUCGUUAAGAGCGAGUGCGAUUUUGCAGAGCGUGAGGAGACAUCCGAGGUUUUCGGCGAGAUCACGGGAUCAUAUGCAACGAUAUAUCCUGGAGAGGGAGCGGUUUGGGCAUGAUACAGAUGAUCGGGAAAGGCCGAGUUCGGAUCGAGGAAUGUCAGCGACCGAUCGAUAUGAGGCAACCCGCCUGGCGUGGAUGAUGGACGAACCAGGCGCGUACCGGAGUCGAUAUCAGCGUGAGAGCCCGCCCGCCGUACACACCUCCGGAUCAUCACCCUUAUUCCAAGCCGUAAUCUCAUACCUUGCGAAGAUCCGGUAUUCAGAAACAGAAGCAGACAGCUGGGACUGCGCGAGCGAUAUCCUUGUUAGCAAGGAAUUUGCGCCCUCCAUCGACGAUUUCGUUGUCAAUGUCGACGAGCUUCCUCCACCACCUCCGACCUCCUGGCUCGCCCCUGGCGCGGUUUUCUCUGGCUCACAGCAUGCAACAUCCACCAGCCCAUCUUGCCCCGACCAUUUACCUCCUGUGGGCACGACCGCACGCUACCUCCUCAACCGCGGCGGAAAUUCUUCCGCCCCCUCACAUCAGGCACCAAUCGCCGUGGAAAUGCUGUGGCAGACUGGAUCGCCCUCUGAUUCUGGCCACGCACCCCCCCAGCAGGACGACCACUGGCCCGUGAGAGUCACUGUCCACUCCGUCGACUACGACACCAUGACCGUCGCCGCGACCAUGGAAGCGUACAACGUCCCCUCCGUCUACCCCACCCCCGACCCCUCCCACGCCACCGCCCCCCGCCUCUCCAGCAUCACCACCUACCUCGAAGGCGAGAUCCUCGACUUCACCACCCACUCCUUCCUAACCGAGUCCUUUCACAGCGACCUUGACCACGAUGCCCUCUACUGGUCGAAGCUCGAGCCCAUGAAAUCUGUCGCCUCCAUCACCACGAACUGCACCGACCCCAACAACCACCCGACCGACCCCUCCUCACCCACCAACCCCCGCUCCCUCCCCCACGCGCUCACCUCCCGCGCCUGGCUCACCCAGCUUCAACGCACCCACGUCCUCAUGCGCUGGAAAGAGCGCUGCUUCGUCAAAGCCACCUCCCGCUCCGCCGAGGCCGUGCCCAGCGACGCCUCCCCGAGCUCGUCGUACCACAGCUUUUCAUCCGACGACGACGCCGUGCUGCACGAAGACGGCUGCGGCCUGACCAUCAACGGCUUCUAUUACUGCAGCCUGCGCCGGAGCGACGGCGCCAUCGAGGGACUGUACUGCGAUCCGGCGAGUAGCCCGUACCAGCAUCUGAGGCUAAAGGCGGUGGGGAGAGGGGUUGCGCCCGCGUGGGACUUUCGAUGAUCGGAGGGAUUAUGCGAGCGCAUUUGGAUGGAUGGGGCGGACGUACGGCUUGUCUCGCUCGCAUGGUGGCGGCGUCACCUCGCGUUGAGGAUCUUCGACGGUUUUUUCUAUACAUGUCCAGACGGCGUUGUUUUUGCGCGGGUUUAU